UUUUAUUAUUUAAUUUAUUCUAAAAACAACAACAAGAAAAACAUGGUUUGGAUAAAACCGGAAUAUUUAUUGUUUGGUCAAACAUUUUGGCAGAACGAACGCUCAAAUAAAUAUUUUAUUUUACAAAAACGGAAAGGCCAUGAUACUGGCAGUCCUUGUACAACAACCGAAUUAAUUGAUGGACAACACGAUCGACAUAAGACAGGUUCAGUAUCUACAAGAAAUACUUCAACAAGUUCUGAUGGAAAUCAAUCAAGUUUGGGGGCUCUUUUUGUUUCUACAUUCGAUGCAAUAUUUGACACGCGUCCACCUCCGUAUAGAAUUCUUUAUCAACGGGACUUGGUAGAUGGGCAGAUUGCUUAUAGAUGUGUUUAA